AUGAAAGCUCCGGAGGGUAAACUAGGCAUGUUCCUCUGGCGCCGGCGAAUGUGGUUGGAAGCUACGUUCGGAACCAGUCUACUUGAGCCUUGGGAGAAGAUGACCUUGGUGGUGAUAUGGUCACUCUUGAUGACGUUGAUUGUGACUGGCGCCGUCAAGUACUUGCCUCAACAUCUGUACUUUAUACAGCGCAGGGCCGUGUAUUACAUUGUAGGGAGAGAAGGGGACAUUCAAGACUUGGUGCAUGACGGAUGGGCUUCAGGGGAGCAUCCUGAACUAUGA